AAUCCUCAUUCUGCUCGGCGAGGCUUCCUACAUGCCCCAGCUACACCGUAUCUGGGUGCAUGGGAACUGCCAGGGCCUCUCACUCGGCUACCUGUUGCUCAACCUCAUCGUUGCGACUGAUCAAUUCACGCUCGGGUCCUUCCAACUGGUGAACAGCACGACGACUUCGGAUUUCUUCAUCGAAACCCCGCCAACAAGCGACGACUGGCUAAACUUGGCCCAGUUCACCAUUUUUUGGGUCCUGUAUCUCCUCCUGUCAUUCCCAUCCGAUAAUCACAUCGGAUACAAAAUUGGGCUACUAACUGUUUAUAUUCUCUCCGCCUUUGUUUCCAUCAUACCCCUCUUCGUUGACACCAUCAAUCAUGACAUCUUGGGUCCCCGGGGCAGCUCAUACCGCAACUGGGCGGAAGCCCUGUUCAGCGGCUGGCACAUCCUUUUCAUGAACCCGAUCGUCACGAUCUUGGCUGCCUUGGUGGCAUUCCCCUGCCAAGCGCGCACAAUCCGUGCCCUGCCCGUAGAAAAACUGCAAGCACUCAGACUGCUAGGGCUUCUGACUCAGGGUGUCGUGUUUAUCUUGGUGGCAAUCCCGUGGAUGAUGCGUGUAAAGUUCUUGGGAUUUUCGGUUAGAGAGGUAGUUCACGAGGCAUUCUGGAGCUGA